CCCAGUGCAGAAACUUAUGGGUACAUUUAACAUAAAAAGUGAAGGUUUUGCAAGACUCAACAGUUCUUCUUUUGGAUAACUACCAAAGAAUUAAGAACAUUUAUAACAGCACUUGCUCUGCUAACUUGUCCCUGCCUCACUACUUUACAUAUUUGUUUUAGACUCGAAUUUGGAUAAAAGUUGAAUCACUUUUAGAAAUUGACAUGCCCAAACCUGAGCAGUAGUUAUGGAAAUGCCUGCUCUUAACUUGUUAAUAUGAAACUACCAGACGGAAAUGGCAAUGAAAUAACCUUAGCACCACUAUUCGGACAGUGAUGAUAAUGAAAGUAAAUCAAUCAUUAGCAAGCAAACUUUGGAAAGUUUGUAACACAGCAAGUUCAAUAGUUCAGUCUUAAUAUGUAACCACUGCAGCACUAACACACCCCUCAGCUCUCAGGAGAGAGAACUGUAGCCAGCACAAGGCACAGUGUUGAAACAAACCCUAACUGGGUCUAUGCCAAGGACGCAAGAGUGAAGCAAGGAAAACCACACAUAGCACACACGGGUUACUAUUAUGUGCUUCACUUGAUUGCAGUUAGGGAUCAUGGAGAACUCAUUGUCCGUUACAUCAUGUUAUCCUGCUGAUAGGAAUGAAGCCAGGACUGGAGCAUUUGCUAAAAUGACUUGUGAUUAUGAGACUGGCCCUGCAGAUCGCCUGGAGGCGAGUGUCAGUUCUGGGCAGCUUCAGCACAUCCUGGCGGACAGCGCACACAAGACCGAGGCUAAUGGGGGGUAUAGCGGCCACCAGCAGCAGGGGCGCAGUGGUGGCCAUUCCCCGGGAGAGCCCAGCUUCCCAUACGAUGCAGGGAACACACAAUUGGGUGACGGUGCCAUGGUUGUAGUGGGCAACCGAUGGGAAAUGAACAAUGCCACGUCAGAAUCAGAAGAGGAGGGAGAGGAAAGGAGCACAUCUGAAUCCAGCUCGUUUUGUGAUCAACUGCCUGGGCUAGAGCCAGGGAAACAGCUGGAUCACGGGGAGGAAACUCAGCGGGAGCAGAUGAAAGCUGUGAGAGGAAGCGCAGGCUCUGAGGGGCGGCAGGAUGAGGGCGCCCUUGGUGCUACCCCUGGAGAACCUGACCUGGUGAUAGAAGUGACGGGUGGUCAGAGGAUCAGAGCGCACAAAUCUGUGCUCGCUGAGAAAAGUGACUACUUCAGGGCUAGAUCCUCCAGGGAUAUACUUAAAAUUAAAGGCGUGAGUUACCAGACCCUGCAGCUGCUUGUGGAUUACAUAUAUAACUUAAAGCUGGAGGUCAGGCAGGACAACGUGGUGGAAGUGAUCAGCGGUGCAAAGUUCCUGCAGAUCCCCUGUGCGGUGCAGUGCGCUAUGGACAGCAUGCGAUCCCAGAUCUCACUGAAAAACUGCUACCAGGUGCUGCAUAUCGCCAAGAAACAGCGACUGAACGAGCUCAAGGAAGCGGCUUACAAGUUCAUGAGUGAUCAUUUCCUGCAGGUACUAAGGGACCCAGCGGUCUAUGGGAGGCUGACAGGGGCAGAGAGGGACCUGAUCUUGCAACGUAGGCAAGACGGCAAGCAGCAUUUGGUUGUGGCGGAAAUAAAUGAUGCCUUUGAGCGUCUGAGCAGUAGUAGCAGACCCCAGAGCCGGGAAAGUAGCAGACCGCAGAGCCCCUCAUCAGUGGUGUCACUAGAGGAUGAUGGCACCUCAUACCAAGUGCAUUGUUACAGUGAGACCAGCGGUCACUGGGGAUCCUUGACUAGGCUGCCAGAAGAAGCCAACACUAAGGGUUGCGGGGUCUGCGUGCUGUAUAACUACCUGUUCAUUGCUGGUGGAAUUAAGGGUUAUGGGGACAAAGCAAAGCUCUCAGAUCAGGUGUUCUGCUAUAACCCCCUAACUGACUCAUGGGAGAAGAUGCGGUCCAUGUCACAACCCCGCUCUCAGCUCAAGCUUCUGGCCUUGGAUGGCUACCUAUAUGCCAUAGGAGGCGAGUGCCUCUUUACUGUGGAGAGGUAUGAUCCCCGAAUGGACCGCUGGAGCUCGGUGGCUCCGUUACCAAAGGGGGCAUUUGCAGUAGCACAUGAAGCCACCGCUUGCAACGGUGAGAUCUAUGUGUCAGGGGGAACACUUUUCUACAGGUUGCUUAAAUAUGAUCCAAAACGGGACGAGUGGCAGGAGUGUCCCUACAACAACAGCCGCCGCCGUUCGGCAGGGAUGGUAUCUCACAGAGGUUGCAUUUAUCGCUUUGAUGUGAGCAGGGAACAUGGUCUCAGUGUGUUCACCUACAACUCAAUGGCAAGGCACUGGAGUGAGGGCGUAAGUUUGCUGCGCCCCGGGCAUGGACCAGCACCACCCACCCACCCCUUCCGCUGCACAGUGAUGGGGAGCUACAUCUACUGUCUAAAUCGAUCAUGUACUCUGCAGGUACCGUUGCCCCCUGAGGGAUCAGGAGGGGAGAUGGGCAGCUGUCAGCCAGAACAUUGGCCCCCACCAGAAGAGACCAAAGGGGUCCUCUGUCCAUUUGUGUUGUCCCUGCCAGAGAUUAAGCAAGCUCACUGAAUCAAAUGCUCGUACACUAUUUGUGAUAGAAAAAAAAUUGGCAACCUGUAAAAUCUAAUUGACAUCCAACACUUGUUAUAGAGCAGUAUACAUUAUUAGAAAACCUAAUCAAAUGUCACUCUUUUUAAUGGAGUCCUGGAUUUCAUGGUAACAGAAUAUUUUUUUGUGUAAAGAACGAAAGUGUAAAUUAAAUCAGACUCAGUUCUUCACCAAUAUCUAGAAAAGGUUAUGUACCUUACCUGUGACCCCUACAAGGUAACAGCAAAACUGAGCUUCUUUCAUGUAGCACUGUUCCUUUUAUUUGUGUCUGUAGGAGAUCAUGUGUAAUAGACCAGAGACCACAGUCAUGCUUUUUAAGAAUAUAAAAUGCAAAGUACGAUGUGUGCAUUUAAUCAAAUAAUAACAUUUGCACUAACCACUAACAGAUUCAUUUCCUUAUGUUCAGGAAUUGCUCAGCCUUCUGGGAAGAAUAGGCUGAGAAUUUUAGUGGAGAUUAGAAGAUGCUAGUCUGCACAAAACGGUAAAGCUGAAAGAUUCAUGCUAAAGACUGCUGCUUGCUGUAAGACUGCCAGAAUAUAAAGUCUGACAAUGCAAUUAAUCGUUUAGUGAUGAAUGGAAGGGGAGAGUAAAGUACAGUUGUACAGCAAAAUAUUUUACCUGGAACUUUCUGCUAAAGCAUGAAAACUGCCUACCUGACAGUCAUAAUAUAGCUGCAUGAUUGUCCUUAAACAAAGCUUCAAUGUGUUUUACUUUUAUAUGAUAUAUAUAUAUAUAUAUAUAUAUAUAUAUAUUUGUGUGUGUGUAUGUAUGUGUGGGGGGUUGUAUCUGUAAAUAAGCAGCAUGCUGCACUAAUUUUGUCUUACUGAUUUUUACAUUGCAAUCAGCAAUCUAUGGUUUCAUGGUCUUAUUUAAAGUCUUAUUUGCUGUAUUUUAUUCAAUUGGUUGGCGUUGCUAUAUAAUGAAAUACACUCAACAUACAUUACCUAUUUGUUUGGCCACUCUAUCCCCUAUAUUUUUAAAUCUUGCCUUCAUUACAUAUGAUACAUCAAUCAAGGAUACAACAUCAUAUAUUUUAUGUCACAUAGUAGUGACUAGAGGUAUUAAAACAAGAAAAAAACUGCAGUUUAGAGAUUAAAUAAGUCACAUUAGUUUUACAUGAAAAUGUAUAGAAGGGUUUAAACUGAUCUUAAAGGGUCAUGAAAUCCAAACAUUUUCUUUCAUUCUUUCUAAUUUACUUCUAUUAUCUAAUUUAUUUCAUUCUCUUUGUAUCAUUUGUUGAAGGAGCAGCAAUGUACUACUAGUUUAUAACUGACCACAUGGGUGAGCCAAUGACAAUCUAUAUAUAUAUAUAACCAGCCACCAAUCAAUAUCUAGAACCUGUGUUCUUUGCUGCUCCUGAUCUUGCCUAAAUUAACCUUUCAGCAAAGGAUAACAAGAGAAGGAAGCAAAUAAAAAAUAGAAGUAAAUUGGAUAGUUGUUUAAAAUGGUAUUCUCUAUCUGAAUAAUGAAAGAAAAAUUUUGGGUUUCAUGUCCCUUUAAAUAUAAUAGGACAUGCGUGUUUGUACACAACAGUAACAGACUUGCAUAUCUCUGUUGGUGAAAGGACACACUUAGGGCUCGAUUUAUCAAUCAUUUGGGGAAUUCUCCUUUCUGUUUUCUGCAGCUCUCCUUAGGAGAGGCGCAAAUGCCUGUAUUUAUCAUAAAAAGUUGUUUUUUCUCCAUAGGAGAGCUGAGAAGAACUAAAGAUACAUUUCUCCAGUCGGAUUAGUAUCUUCUCCUUAUUUAUCACUAAAAAUAAGCAAAUAUUCUCCAUGUCAAUCAUAUAUAAACCAAUAGAAAUCUUUAUACAGCCUUCCUAGUAGCUUUGUUAACGCUCCUCUUCAGCAAACUUUCAUAUAAGAAAAUAGAUCUACAUUUUCAUUGUUUUUGUGCUUAAAUUUUAGCACUUUUUUAUAUCUUAUUUUUAUGCCCCACUAGAUAUAAUUUUUGUGCUCUGUUAUAUAUUAUUUUGGUACUCCAUUAUAUAUAUUUUUUCACUCCAUCAUAAAUUAUUAUUGCGCUCCAAUAGCCAUUAUUAUUGUGAUUUGUUAUAGAUAAUUUUUGCACCUUGUAGAGCCCUUUUUUUGUGUAACUGCUUCUACAAUUGGUAGAGAACAGAUUUCUUAUGCUGUUCUCCACUGGAGAACUUUAAUGCAUGAACUUGCAGGAGAACUUUCAGUCCUCCACAGUAGAAUAUAAAUGAUAAAUUUGUAACUAGGAGAAUUGUGAAAACUAUAUGAAAUACAACUAAAAAGAUCUAAUGUAACCCUAUUUCUGGAGAACAUGUUCUCCAAGGAGAGUGAGAACAGAGUAGGAGAAUUUUACAGUGGAACUUGCCCAAUUUUAGGCGUAUUUUUGAAUGAUAAAUAGGGGAAUUAUUUCUCAGGAGAACUUUUAGGAGAAAAUAUAGGAGAAUAUGAAUGAUAAAUUGAGCCCUUAGACAAGAAUAAAAGCAACAAAUUUAAUGAAAAAUAGAACACAUAUUUUAAGAAAGCAUUUAUUAGAUAAAACAAGAAUAAUGUUACAUUGCCUUUAUACAUUUUGAGGAACAAAAUAGAAGGUAUAUCUGAGUGAGGCGCAUUUCUCUGCCUAACCUUGGGCUCUAUGUCAGGCAGAUUUUAAAUUAACUCAAACUUAACAAAAAAAGUCAAUAUAAAAUAUCCUGGACUUUAUUUAAGGGACAGUCAAGUCAAAAUUAAACUUUCGCGAUUCAGACAGGGCAUGCAAUUUUAAACAACUUUCCAAUGUACUUUUAUUAUUAAAUUUGCUUUGUUCCCUUGGUA